CUGAUCCAACUUCAUAUAACGCGAUUUUUGUGAAAUUCGAAGAAAAAUAAAACAGCUUUAAAACCAAUUCGAACAAUAACGUUUGAAAGAAGGAACUAUUUAAUUUUUUCCUAAUUAAAAUGCGUUUUUAUCAUCGAUGACAGAAGAUACGCCAUACACCAUGAGGAGGAAUAUAAUAUCUUUUAUUGACCGCAGCCUGGCCAACCUGAUGGCGACAGCAGCAUCCAGUGCCCGGCAGGGACGAAAAUACGCCGAGGGCACCCAGCCCUUCACUGUGCUCAUCGAGGGGAACAUUGGCAGCGGCAAGACCACUUAUCUGAAGUAUUUUGAGAAGUUCAAUGACGUCUGCCUGCUGACCGAACCCGUGGAGAAGUGGCGCAACGUAAAUGGAGUGAAUCUCCUCGAGCUUAUGUACAAGGACCCCAAGAAGUGGGCCAUGCCCUUUCAGAGUUAUGUCACGCUCACCAUGCUGCAGUCCCACACUGCACCCACGGACAAGAAGCUAAAAAUAAUGGAGCGUUCCAUUUUUAGCGCACGAUAUUGCUUUGUGGAGAACAUGCGCCGCAACGGCUCCCUGGAGGACGGCAUGUACAACACAUUGACGGAGUGGUACAAGUUCAUCGACGAAUCCAUUCACAUUCAGGCAGACUUGAUAAUUUACCUGCGAACCUCGCCGGAGGUGGCCCAUGAACGCAUUCGCCAGCGAGCCCGCUCUGAGGAGAGCUGUGUCCCUCUGAAGUACCUCCAGGAGCUGCACGAGUUGCACGAGGACUGGCUUAUAUAUCACAGACGUCCACAGGCCUGCAAGGUUAUUGUACUUGACGCCGAUCUGAAUCUGGAGAACAUUGGCUCGGAGUACCAGCGUUCUGAAAGCAGCAUCUUUGAUGCCAUCUCGGGAACCCACCAGCCAGCACCGGUUCUGGUCUCGCCUAGUAAGCGCGAACGGAUGUCCAGAUAACCACCACUGCUGACGAACUACUUUCCCUGUCGUACCUAAUUGUGUUUAGUAACAGACUUUAAAGAUAAUGUAAUUGUAUGAGCUCCUAGCUGAGCAGGCGGAGGACCAACUAACACUUCAAUAUCAUCAUGAAACGCAUUCUUAUUUUAACAAUUAUAAUCCAAAUUAUAUUCUAUUCCCAUAAUACUAGAUUGUAAGCGAAAAUUUGUAAUAGAAACUGUGAGUGUUUAUGUUAAAGGCCUUGAGUUUUGUUUGAAAUAAAUGUAUAUUUUAAAGUGAAAAGAAGAACUAAGAUGCUACUUUUGAAGGUGAAACUGCACUUAACCCCAAUAAAUACUACGCUUUUUAGGCCGAUUUCCUUUU